CGGUACAAUUGGCACUGGAUUUCGCGAGCAGCAAGAAGAUGGAAAUUAAAUGGAAAAAGCGGCUUUCUUAUAUAACACUCGGCUUAUUUUACUUUAUUGGUGGUGUAGAAUAUGCUGUAAUAUUACCAACACUAUGGUUGUAUUUGAAGACAGACUUUGGCGCUCAGGAAUACAUGCUGGGUCUUCUCCUAUCAGCAUACAGUUUUGCUGCAAUUAUAUCUGGUCCUGUUUUGGGCAGGUGGUCAGACAGAACCAGGAAACCAAAAAUUAUUCUUGCUGUAGGAACAGUAUUUCAAGUUGUGGGUAACAUAAUGUACUUCAUGGGUAUAUCAGUCUGGUUUCUUCUGGCGAGUCGCCUCGUAGCAGGUAUAGGAGGUGGUGCUGAGGCAGUGAUAAUGUCUGAGGUUACACGAUCGACAGAGGAGAGCAAGAGAACUGGAAUCAUAUCUAUACUCGUCGCUAUACGACAAACAGGACUUCUUGUUGGUCCAGGACUGAACUUGUUCCUCAGGAAAAUGAAUUUCUAUGUUGAUGGAUUUCAUGUGAACAAAUAUAAUGUUCCAGGGGCAUUUAUGGCAUGUGUGUGGACAAUACAAAUAUUCAUUUUAGCAUUCCUUUAUUCAGACCUUGAUAAACUUGUUAAAAAAGAAAAAUCUACUGGUUCACAAAGUCAAGGCCAAACUGCACGACCUCUGGAAGAUCAGUAUUCUAGUGCUUACAGAACUGAUUAUGAUGAAGAUAUAUAUAAAGAACUUGGAGCAGAUACGUGUGAUAGAAAAUCUAUAAAUAGCAACGCAAGUUCAAAAUCACCCUUUAAUGACCCUGAUGACCUGAUGGAAACAGCAGAAGAUUUUAUGACCGACAGUCGUAGAAGGUUUAGGUCGCUGACACCCAGUGGUAUUGGUAGCAGUAAAAAUGCAUUAAAUGGUGUAAUAGGUCAAAGAAGUGCUAGUGCAAAUGGUGUUGUUGCUAUGGAAACAGAUUAUGGAACAUUUGAAGGUAGCCUAACUACACCGGUAGAUGAAAAUCGCUGUCAUUUAGGCAGUCAAGAGUAUAUUAACAGUACAGAAGAUGGACUUGUUGAUUAUUUGGAAGGGAAAUCAAAAUUAAAGUUCAUUUACCAUGAGUAUGUACGAGAGGAGAUAGUGGCUGUUAUAGCUGUACAGUUCAAUAGUUACUUCAAUCAACUAGCAUUAGAGACAAUGGUAACACCAUUAACAUUAAAGCUGUUUAACUGGGGAGAACUUGAAAAUAGCAUCUUUUAUUGUAUAGCUGGUUGUGAGGUAAUUAUAGUGUUUGGACUAGUGACGUGGGUCAGUAAGAGACUAGAGGACAGGGUACUGCUGGUUAUUGGCACACUAACACUUGCUGCUGCUAACUCUUGGCUUAUAUAUGUAAUACCUGUCGCAUUUCAUGGUACCUAUGAUGAAAAUCUAUGGAAGUUUAUUAUAGGUUCAGCUUUAGAUUUGUUUGCUUUGCCAUUUCUUGUAUCGUCUAGUAUAUCAUUGUACUCAAAGAUAACCAGAAAGGAAACCCAGGGAUUGAGUAUGGGGUUGAGAAGAAGUGUUGUUGGUUUAGCUACAAUCCUUGCACCAUUGUGGGCAAGUUCCACAUUAACUAUGCCAUAUUUGAUGUUUGGUGCAAUGCUCGGUUUGUUAGGAAUUUCUUUGGUAAUGCUGGUGAUAUCCUACAGCAAACUACGGCCUAUCAGUGAAAUGCCGGUGAACAGAGCAGGUCUAAUAACAUCAUCAGAGAGUGACAGUGAUAUUGCUACCAGACCCCUGUUAUCUUGAUUGUUAUUUUCAUUUUAUAUAGGAAAUUUAAACCAGUAACUUAAUAUACUGUGAGCAUUAAAAAGUAAUUUACUUGCUUCUUAAGAUAGAACAUAAUGCUUUAUGAAUCUACAUUAUGCUUGUGUCCUUUUUUGCUAUAUUUAGGAAAGAAUACCAACCUAUAUAUUUUGGAAAGGUGUUUUAAAUUUUUUUCUAAAAUUGAUCAAAACAAAACUGGUUAUAGAGCUGACUACAAAAAAGAUGUAGAUCAAUAAAUUAAAAUGUCAGUCCUGUCAUCAAUUUUCAACAGGCUUACAGUUUUUAUUAGCUCACCUGUCACAAAGUGACAAGGUGAGCUUUUGUGAUCACGCGGUGUCCGUCGUCCGUCGUCCGUCCGUGCGUAUGUGCGUCCGUAAACUUUUGCUUGUGACCACUCUAGAGGUCACAUUUUUCAUGGGAUCUUUAUGAAAGUUGGUCAGAAUGUUCAUUUUGAUGAUAUCUAGGUCAAGUUCGAAACUGGGUCACGUGCCAUCAAAAACUAGGUCAGUAGGUCUAAAAAUAGAAAAACCUUGUGACCUCUCUAGAGGCCAUAUAUUUCAUAAGAUCUUCAUGAAAAUUGGUCAGAGUGUUCACCUUGAUGAUAUCUAGGUCAAGUUCGAAACUGGGUCACGUGGGUUCAAAAACUAGGUCAGUAGGUCUAAAAAUAGAAAAACCUUGUGACCUCUCUAGAGGCCAUAUUUUUCACGAGAUCUUCAUGAAUAUUGGUCAGAAUGUUUACCUUGAUGAUAUCUAGGUCAAGUUCGAAACUCGGUCACGUAGGGUCAAAAACUAGGUCAUUAGGUCUAAAAAUAGAAAAACCUUGUGACCUCUCUAGAGGCCAUAUUUCUCAAUGGAUCUUCAUGAAAAUUGGCCAGAAUGUUCACCUUGAUGAUAUCUAGCUCAAGUUCGAAACUGGGUCACGUGGGGUUAAAAACUAGGUCAGUAGAUCUAAAAAUAGAAAAACCUUGUGACCUCUCUAGAGGCCAUAUUUUUCAUGAGAUCUUCAUGAAUAUUGGUCAGAAUGUUCACUUUGAUGAUAUCUAGGUCAAGUUCGAAACUGGGUCAUGGGCGGUCAAAAACUAGGUCAGUAGAUCUAAAAAUAGAAAAACCUUGUGACCUCUCUAGAGGCCAUAUUUCUCAAUGGAUCUUCAUGAAAAUUGGUGAGAAUGUUCACCUUGAUGAUAUCUAGGUCAAAUUCGAAACUGGGUCACGUGCGGUCAAAAUUUAGGUCAGUAGGUCUAAAAAUAGGAAAACCUUGUGACCUCUCUAGAGGCGAUAUUUUUCAAUGGAUCUUCAUGAAAAUUGGUCAGAGUGUUUACCUUGAAGAUAUCUAGGCCAAGUUCGAAACUGGGUCACUUGGGGUUAAAAACUAGGUCAGUAGAUCUAAAAAUAGAAAAACCUUGUGACCUCUCUAGAGGCCAUAUUUUUCAUGAGAUCUUCAUGAAUAUUAGUCAGAAUGUUCACCUUGAUGAUAUCUAAGUCAAGUUCGAAACUGGGUCACGUGGGGUCAACAACUAGGUCAGUAGGUCUAAAAAUAGAAAAAACCUUGUGACCUCUCUAGAGGCCAUAUUUCUCAACGGAUGUUCAAGAAAAUUGGUGAGAAUGUUCAGCUUGAUGAUAUCUAGGUCAGAUUCGUAACUGGGUCAUGUGCGGUCAAAAACUAGGUCAGUAGGUCGAAAAAUAGAAAAACCUUGUGACCUCUCUAGAGGCCAUAUUUUUCACGAGAUCUUCAUGAAAAUUGGUGAGACUGUUCACCUUGAUGAUAUCUAGGUCAAGUUUAAAAGUGGGUCACGUGCCUUCAAAAACUAGGUCAUUAGGUCAAAUAAUAGAAAAACCUUGUGACCUCUCUAGAGGCCAUAUUUUUCAAUGGAUCUUCAUGAAAAUUGGUCAGAAUUUUUUUUCUUGAUGAUAUCUAGGUCACAUGUGCUCAAAAACUAGGUCACUGUGUCAAAUAAUAGAAAUAACGACGUCAUACUCAGUUCAACACUGGGUCAUGUGGGGAUAGGUGAGCGAUUCAGGAUCAUCAUGGUCCUCUUGUUGCAUUUAUCCACUGUCCUUCACUUUAACCUCCACCCUGCUAAAUUUCUAAAAUUGACUGGUCUGUCAUUGGUCUGUCAUUCAGUUUGGGCAAUACCAUUUAUUUUUCGGAGGGGUGUUUACUGAAAAUUUACAGACUGAAUAGGGAACAGUGUAGAAAUACUUUAAGUGAGCAUGUUGCAGAUUUAGAAGAGACUGGUUUGUUUCAGUUCUAUUGCCUUUUUAUAUGCCCGUCUUUGAAAGAGCGGGGUGGGGGGAAUUAUGUGAACACGUGGCUGCAGUGGGUGGGCGACGUCCAAAGCAUGUCCGCUCUCUUAAUGUCGAACAGUUUUGAUCGGAUCUUCACUAAACUUGCUGACAAUGUUUGUGGGCAUAAUAUCUCGGCCAAGUACGAUAACCAGCCAAAUCGCCUCAAGCACUCCUGGAUUAUGGCCCUUCAAUAAAUUACUCAGAAAAAAGAGAAUUCAGCCUUGUCCGUACUUUAAGUCAAACAGUUUUCAUCCAGUUUUCACCAAACUUGCUGACAAUGUUUGUGGGCCAAAUACGAUAACCAGGCAAAUCGGCUAAGGCACUUCGGAAUUAUGGCCCUUGAAUUACUCUAAAAUCUGUGAAUUUAGCCUUGUCCGCGCUUUAAGUCCAACAGUUUCCAUUGGAUCUUCACCAAACUUGCUGACAAUGUUUAUUGGCAUAAUAUCUCGGCCAAGUAUGAUAACCAGCGAAAUUGCCCAUGGCAUUUUUGGAUUAUAGCCCUUGAAUUACUCGAAAAAAUGCGAAUUUAGCCUUGUCCGCUUUCAAAGUUGAACAGUUUAUAUCCGAUCUUCACCUAACUUGCUGACAAUGUUUGUGGGCAUAAUAUCUCAGCCAAGUGUGUUAACUAGCCAAAUCGCCCCAGGCACUCUUGGAUUAUAGCCCUUGAAUUACUCAAAAAAGCUGAGAAUUUAGCCUUGUCUGCACUCUUAAGUUGAACAGUUUCCAUCCGAUCUUCACCAAACUUGCUGACAAUGUUUGUGGGCAUAAUAUCUUGGCCAAGUUAAAGUAUGAUAACCACUCAAAUUGCCCCAGGCACUCAUGGAUUAUGCUCCUUGAAUUAGGCCAAGUUCGAUGACGGCGUAUUUUGCAAGGUCUGGCAUUCUUGUUAACCCUCUGUCACUGCUCAAAUCAGGCUUAAAUUUUAUUUGAAAUAAUGUUAUGUCAAUAUUCUAUGACACAUUUUCCUCUAGCAAGGGUUACCCAUGAAAUGCAGUGCAACUUUUAGGGACAGGGAUCACCCCCAGCCUUGAUAAAAAUUGAUAAUUUGUUACAUAUAUUAUUCUUUUUCUACUGUUGAUUUAAUGAAACAUUGCCAUAGUUACCAUAAUGUCUUAGUAACUGUACUUGUAAUGUAGCAAUAGACAGUUGCAUAAAGUUUGGAAAUCUAAAAUAAACAAAUAUUUCUUUAAAGACUUGCAUUAUAUGUAAGUUGUGUUUAUAUUGUGUUAAAUUUUUAUUGGAUACAGUUAUGAUUCCAGUUUAUAUGAUGAAAGAGUGUUUCUUUAACAGCAUAUUAUAUGUACCUAUAUUAUCAAUUGUUACAAUUUGCACCUCAGUCCUUAGAUAUGUCAGCAUAGGACAACUUGUAAUAGGAUUUGAAAGCCAACAGGCUGGUUGUAUUAUUUCAGGUGACUGUAUUUAUAACAUUAUAUUGCAUUGUAGUGCUUUUAUUGCUUUAUUCUUGUGAUAGACAAAAUGUAUGAAAUACAUUAUUUAAUAUAAGUUUCUACUAUAUAGUUAUGUAAUUUAUGUAAAGAAAUGUUGCCAUUGUUGUGGGCAUUAUUCCAUGCAAAGUCAUAAAAUAUUAUCUAUAGCUUUUCACCUGCCACCGAAGGCAGAGUAAUAUUGUUUUGAGGUUGUCCAUUCAGCUGUUCUUCCAUCUGUGCACAUCUGUCCAUGUGUCUGUCUGAAAGUGAAAAUGAUGAUAAUUCAAAAAGUGAUUUUAGCUAGAAUAACCAAACUGAACAUAAUUAUUAAUUAGCACAUGACCUUUGCUCAUAUUUAGUAUUGCCCCCCUUGAUUUGGCAAAAUAAAAUUGAAACUGCUUAUAAUUCAAAAAGUAUCUUGGCUAGAAUCAUUAAAUCUUGCAAAAGUAUAAAUUAGCACAUGGCCUUUGCUCACAUUAUAGUGUUGUUCGCCUUGACACAGUAAAAGAAGACUUUUUCAUUUGAUUUGGGAUAGGGAUUUUGACUGAAUCUUAAAUAAUCUUUAGAUGGAUCUUUAUGAAAAUAUACACAAAUGAGGUUAACCAAAUGGGACCAUUUCGUCUAGCAUCAAUACCCCUUACUAGAAUGACUUGAUACUAAUGCAGAUGUAACCUGUGACCAUUCCUCAUCUUAAAACAUCACCUGACCUCAGUUUGACUUUGACCUUGACCUCAUUUUGGACUUAGGUUGCUUUAUAUGGGCUAUCUCUUGGUUAACCAAAUGGGACGGUUUUGUCUAGCAUCAAUACCCCUUACAAGAAUGAAUUAAUACUAAUACAGAUGUAAACUGUGACCAUUCCUCAUGUUCAAACAUCACCUGGCCUCAGUUUGACCUUGACCUUGACCUCGUUUUGGACUUGGAUGCAAAAUCUAUCAACAAGGAUGCCACUGGGAGCAUCGCGCAUUUAUUGAGCACAGCUCCUUGUUUUUGUUUGUUUGUUUGUAUGUUUGUUUGUAUGUUUUUUAUCUUGACUAUACUUCUGACUAUAUGAAGUAUAUGGAGAGCUAUCCUACUCACCCUGGCAUCAGUGUCCUUCCGCGUCCACACAUUGGUUAAAGUUUUGAUGCACUUAUCUUUUUUCUCUUUAUCUCUUUAAUUACUCAAUGUAUUUGCUUUAAACUUAAAAAAAGUUAUUCCUCAUCAUCACCCACAUCAUCUGGCACAAGGGUCAUAACUCUGACACCAAUAUUUAAUGAAUUAUCCUUUUUCACUUAGGUUAAAGUUUGGUGUACUUUCUAUCUCAGGUAUUACUGAAUUGAUUUAAUUCAAACUUAGAAUGAUUGUUACACAUCAUCACCCACAUCAUAUGACACAAUGUCCAUAACUCUGACACCAGUUUUUCAUGAAUUAUGUCCCUUUUUACUUAGAAUUGUAUGUUGAUUUUGAUGCAUUUUCACUAAAUCUAUGUUACUAUGUAAGGGAUUUGAUUCAAACUAAGAACAGUUUUUUGACAUCAUUACCCACAUCAUAUGACACAAGGUCCAUAUUUCUGUCACAAAUAUUUUAGUGAGUUGUGUCCUCUUUUAAUUAGAAUUUUAAUUUUGAUGUUUUUUCACUAUUUUCUGUUGUUAUCAAACUUCAAAUAUUGGUUGUUCCUAAUUGUCUCCCACAUCAUAUAUCACAAUGUUCAUGAUGCUGACACACAGAUCCACACAGAAGUAAUUAAACACUCAAGUGACAGCUCCAGCUUGCUCAGGUGUGCCCAGUUUUACUAUCCAGCAUCGAAAUAGUCGAAUGUUCGGUCUCCUAUGACAGCUGUUGUUGUAUUUGACAUGGUUUAUCUCACCAAAGCAUUACUGGAGUAUAAAUAGUUAUAUGAAGAGAACUGACAAGUUCAGUUAAUAGUAUGCAGUCUCAAGAAAAAUUUGGUUAUAUUAAACCACUAUCACUCAUUUCAUUCUGUUACACCUUGAAAUAUUUUUAAUAGCUACAUGUAGUUAACUUCUUUGAAGGAAAUUUAAUUUGUUAUAGGCAACAGGAUGAAAGAUAGGAACACAAGAAUCAUAACUCAUGAAUAUUGUUGAAGUGUAAUGUUCUGUCCGUUGAAGAUAUUUUGAUGUCAGUUGAUACAGAGAGUACUUGUACAACAUUUUCUAACAACUUCCUGUGGAAGAAAAACAACUAGAUUUUUUAGGACAUGAAUUUUUAGCUCACCUGAGCAUGAGGUACUCAAGGUGAGCUUUUGUGAUCGCCCAGUGUCCGUUGUCGUCCGUCCAUCCGUCCGUCCGUCAUCAGCAAUUUGACUGUUAACACUCUAGAGGUCAAAGUUUUGACCUAAUCGUGAUGAAACUUGGUCAGAAUGUUACCCUCAAUAAAAUCUUGAACGAAUUCGAUAUUGGGUCAUCUGAGGUCAAAAUCUAGGUCACCAGGUCAAAUCAAAGGAAAAACUUGUUAACACUCUAGAUGUCACAAUUUUGGCCCAAUCUUAAUGAAACUUGGUCAGAAUGUUACCCUCAAUAAAAUUGUGGACCAGUUUGAUAUUGGGUCAUCUGGGGUCAAAAACUAGGUCACCAGGUCAAAUCAGAGUAAAAGCUUGUUAACACAUUUAUGACUGUAUCUUCAUGAAACUUAAUCAGAAUGUUAUUCUUGUUGAUCUUUAGGUCAAGUUUGAAUGUAGGGUCAAAAACUAAUGGGGUCAAAUCAAAGGAAAAGCUAGUUAACACUUUAGAGGCUACAUUUAUGACCAUAUCUUAAUGAAACUUGGUCAGAAUGUUGAUCUUGAUGAUCUUUAGGUCAAUAGGUCAGGUGAGCGAUACAGGGCCUUCAUGGCCCUCUUGUUUAAAUAUAAAAUUACUUUGUGGGUGUAUCUUACGUGUAAUAGAAUUGAUAUACUGUAUAUUAUUGUAUACUUUACUAUAAAUAGUAACAAAAAAGUUGUUAAAAACAGUCACUAUGGCUUCUGUUGACAAAUCCAUAAUGGCAUAGUGUGCCUCACACACCAUAAUCAUAAUGGCCUCAGGUAACUGGAACAUCAGCUUGUUGUGUCACUGACAUCAUGUAGCAACGUCAUUAUGGCAGGUGAAAGGAUGCUCAGUCAUUUUCUGAUCAAGUGUCAAAUCUUGAUGGCACUGUUGAUGAAAAAGGCAAUAAAAAUGAUGUAUAAAUUUUUGGAAAAUAUGUUAAAUGAAAAUAAUAAAAUAAAUAUGAAGCAAAGGUAUAGAUUCUAUAAUAAAAGGUCAAUAAACGGCUGGUAUAAUGGCACACCUAGUUUUAUAAUGGCCUUACAUCACCUUCUAGAUAUGCAGGGUUUUUUUCAUAAUGCUUUUUAUGAUGCCGCUUUUUUCUAUCGACUUAAAUGUUUUAGGACUGAACAGAGUUACGAUUGUUGUUGAAAAGUUAUUAAAUGAGCCGCGCCAUGAGAAAACCAACAUAGUGGGUAUGCGACCAGCAUGGAUCCAGACCAGCCUGCGCAUCCGCGCAGUCUGGUCAGGAUCCAUGCUGUUCGCUUUUAAAGCCUAUUGGGAUUGGAGAAACUGUUAGUGAACAGCAUGGAUCUUGACCAGACUGUGCGGAUGCGCAGGCUGGUCUGGAUCCAUGCUGGUCGCAAAGCCACUAUGUUGGUUUUCCCAUGGCACGGCUCAAAUGAUGAUAGCUUACAUUUUCAGUUGUUUAAUAUUAAGGUUGAUCAUGGUUUUGAUAUUGUCUUGAAAAUAAGCAUAAUCAUUAAACAUAGAUUGUUGUUUUUCUUGUCAUGUUUAAAUUUGACAGUUAUACUAUCAUGUACUCUAUUUAUUAUUGAAUAGAAAUUAUAGUUUAUAUGAAUAAGUUGCCUGUGAUAUUAAAGUCAAUACUCGGUUUCAAAAAUA